AUGGUAGUGCAUAGUCAUAUGAGCUACGCUGCAAUCGUAGAACACAGGUGUGCAAAUGAGUGUACCUUAAUGGGAGCAUAUGCACCAACAAAUGACGCUGAUAUUAAAAUAAAAGAUGAGUUUUAUGAGGAACUGGCAACUCUCCUGGGAAAGAUAAGGCCUCAAAAGGAAAGAGACAGGUAUAGAGGCGGAUUGUAUCUACGUGUUAUGUUCCCAGGCGGCCUGUACUGCAACUGGACGUGGGACCUGGUCCUGUGCUGGCCCCCCACCAGGGCGGGCACCACGGCCGAGCAGCGCUGUCCCAGCUUCAACGGGCUCGACCAGACCAAGUUCGCCGUGCGGCGGUGCUCGCUGGAAGGGCGGUGGGAGGGCCGCGACCCUUCGUCCCCUCAGGGCUGGACCAACUACACGCCCUGUUACCUGCCGGAGACCCUGCAGCUCAUGCGGAGGCUCUACGCCGGCUCUGAGGCUGCUGCCAAGGUGAAACUGGAGAUUGCGGAGCGGACGCGGACGCUGGAGAUCGUCGGCUUCAGCGUCUCUCUCGCGGCUCUCCUCCUCUCCCUCGCCAUCUUUUGUCGUUUCAGGGGCCUGCGCAACAACCGGACGCGCAUCCACCGGAACCUGUUCGUGGCGAUGGUCGUGCAGGUGGUGAUCCGGCUGACGCUGUACGCCGACCAGGCGGUGGUGCGCGGCGGGGCCGUCGCCGACCCCGGCAUCGACAACACGCCAGUGCUGUGCGAGGCGUCGUACGUGCUUCUGGAGUACGCCCGCACGUCCAUGUUCAUGUGGAUGUUCGUCGAGGGGCUCUACCUGCACAACGCCGUCACAGUUACGAUGUUCCAAGAGGGCUCGUACCUCCUCGUGUACUCGCUGCUGGGCUGGGGCGUCCCUGUGUUAAUGACUGCUGCCUGGGCUGUGACCACAGCCAUCAAGUACGGUGGCUCCAACAGGUGCUGGUGGGGCUACAACCUCACGCCAUACUUCUGGAUACUCGAGGGACCUCGCCUUGGUGUUAUAGUGUUGAAUUUCUUGUUCCUGCUAAACAUCAUACGUGUCCUGGUGGUCAAACUGCGCCAAAGUCGCACAAGUGAGAUCCAGCAGCUCAGGAAGGCGGUGCGGGCGGCGGUGGUGCUGCUGCCGCUGCUGGGGAUCACCAACCUGGUCAACAUGGCGGACGCCCCGCUGGACAGGACCGCCUGGGAGUUCGCGCUCUGGUCCUACGCCACGCACUUCCUCGUCUCCUUCCAGGGCUUCUUCAUAGCCUGCCUCUACUGCUUCUUCAACGGCGAGGUGAGGCUGGCGAUCCUAAAGAGCCUGUGGGUGUACCUGUCGCUGCGCCAGCACCAGCUGGCCACGGCCACGCCGGGCCGCCGCAUGUCCGUCUUCUCGGGCGUCUACGUGACGGCAGAGCUGCGCCAGCCGCUUCCCGCCGCCUGUAGCCCUCUGGGAGCGGCUGCUGCCGGCCCCGGCCCCAGGAGGCAAGGCAGGAGGAGGAAGACGGGCGAGCAGGACGCGGGCGAUGUGGAGGAGUGCGAGGAGGAGCAGAGCUCGGUGGGCGGCAUGAGGGUGAGCGCCAGCCCUGCCGGCGGCGACGACUCCGACGUCGACGCCGUGGAGGCGGCGGGCAGCGAGCUGGAGGCGCGCGACCAGCGCCUCUCGCACGGCUCCGUGGUGCCCCGCCUGCCCCCGGCCUGCUGUGAAGUAUGCAGUGGUUAUUAG